CGCAAGAAGUCGUAAAGCGGCUGUGUCGCGUGAUGUCACGUGAAGACUGGAGAGGGCGUGUUGGCCGUGGGUGCCAGUCGGUGGAAGCUUGGAAUCAUCUCGCUUCUUUUCCUCCCCCUCUCUCUUCCCCGCCCUAUCUAUCCAACUCGACGGCGAGCACCCGAAGCUGACCCGCUCCUAAAUCCUCCUCCUCCUCCUCCUCUACUUUUCGAGCUCUAGGGUUAGGAUUAAGGUUUUUUUGGGCUUGAAAGCGAGAUGUCGCAGAGCGGGAAGCUAAUGCCCAAUUUAGAUCAGCAGAGCACCAAGGUUCUCAAUCUGACCGUCCUCCAACGGAUCGAUCCCUUCGUCGAGGAAAUCCUCAUGACCGCCGCCCACGUCACCUUCUAUGAAUUCAACAUCGAGCUCAAUCAAUGGAGCCGUAAGGAUGUCGAAGGAUCUCUCUUUGUCGUCAAGAGAAAUACGCAACCCAGAUUUCAGUUCAUUGUCAUGAACCGACGCAAUACAGAUAAUCUGGUGGAGGAUCUAUUGGGAGAUUUUGAAUAUGAAGUCCAAGUUCCAUAUUUGUUGUACAGGAAUGCAGCCCAGGAAGUUAAUGGAAUAUGGUUUUACAAUGCACAUGACUGUGAAGCUAUUGCAAAUCUUUUUGGCAGGAUACUGAAUGCAUACUCGAAAGUCCCUCCAAAGCCUAAAGCUUCAAGCAAAAGCAGCGAGUUUGAAGAGCUGGAAGCUGUUCCAACUUCGGCUGUUGUGGAAGGUCCUCUGGAACCACCGCCGACAUCAUCUGCUGCUGCUACUGUUCCUGAUGUUCCUGAUGAAUCAUUUGUCAACUUCUUCAGUGCAGCUACAAAUAUUGGAAAUGUAUCAAAGUCAACAAUUACUGGACAGCCACAUCAAUCUUCUGCAGCUAUUCCUUUAUCUUCCCCUGCACCUAAUGUUAUUCCAACAACUGUGCCAACCCUUCAUUCUGCCCUUUCUCCACCAACUUCGGCCCCGCCUCUAAAGUCAUUCCUUGAUGUUCAUGAAUCUAGCAGCAAGACUAGUCGGGCCACAAAUCUGGUUAAACCUUCUUUUUUUGCUGCUGCUUCCUCAUCCUCUUCAUUAAUGAUGCCACCAGUUGCAUCUUCUAUGCCCGCUUCUCCCCCACUUCAUCCUCCUGUGACUAUGCAGCGUCCAUAUGGUACCCCAUUGCUUCAACCAUUUCCACCACCCACUCCUCCGCCAUCUCUUACUCCUACUCCAAACUAUGGUUCGGUUAUUACAAGAGACAGAGUCAGGGAUGCACUGCUGAAGCUUGUUCAGAACGACCAAUUCAUUGAUAUGGUGUACCGGGAGAUGCUGAAUGCACAUUAUUCAUAAGACUGAGGGGUUCAAGUGUUGUGCCUGGUUUUGUUUAUGUGGUUUCUUUGUUUCAUGUGCUUGUAGGUUUAGCGCUUGUAUAUCUUUUGUAAGUCUUUGCUGUAGCCAUGGGAGCCUCUUGUUUAUACAAAAUUUUUCCUUCCAGAUAUCAUUAGUGACAUUACAGAUGUUCAUUUGGGGUUUGUGUAUUUUCAGUAUUUUCGUAACUCCGACAUCUGAUUGUAGAGCAUAACACAGAUUUAAGAAGGACAGGUGUCGUGCUAACCUGUCUGGUUUUAGAAAGCUAA